UCAACUCCCCUCUUUUAUUGCCGAGUCCAAUUGCAUCAUUUACUAUGACUUGUAUCUCUCUCUCUCUGCCUCCCUAGUCUCCAUCUCUUUCUCUCUCUCUUCAUUUCAUUGAAAUUGAUGGCAAGAGGGGGUGGACUCUCCAUUGAUUCAGAUCCAAUUGGGAGCUUCUUCCCCCACAAGCCAGUAGUUCUCAACUCUUUCCCUGAAGACAACAUCAUCACCCCCCAACCAAAGUGGAAACUUGGUCCCAACAUGGAUGACACAGUUACCACAAACAAGUCUCCAUCAUCCCCUCCCAACACCACCACCACCACCACCACCACCAUCCCCUUCCAAGUCAACCUUGCCUCCGAUCAGAAAAGGCCCCACAUCGGAGAAAUGGAUUUCUUUCCUAACAAGACCAACAAUGAAAACAACAACAACAACAACAACAACAAUUUUGCCUCUGCCUCCACCUCUGCACCUCCCUCACUUGACCACCUUCAUCACACACAUGAUCAUUCCUCCACUUCUUCUAUCUUGGAAUUGAAAGUAAACACCGGUUUGAAUCUUCUUACCACCAACACCAGCAGUGAUCAAUCCAUGGUCGAAGAUGAGAUAUCUCCUAAUUCAGAAGACAGAAGAGCCAAGAGUGAGAUGGUUCUUCUUCAAGCUGAGCUUGAGAGAAUGAAGGUGGAGAAUCAUCGGCUGAGGAACAUGCUUGAUCAGGUUAACAACAAUUACAAUGCCUUGCAGAUGCAUGUGGUGAGUUUGAUGCAGGAGCAGAAGGGCGAGGAGGAGGAUGAGGAACACCAACAAAAACAAGUGUUUGAUGGAAAACUAGAAGAGGAGAAACAAAUUGGAAAUGGUGGAGCCUUGGUGCCAAGGCAGUUCAUGGAUCUUGGAUUGGCUACGAAUGCUGAUACUGCUGAACCUUCGCUUUCUUCGUCCGUGGGAAGAAGUCAGGAUCGGUCAAAGUCACCAACAAAUAAUAUGGAGGUGGCAUCCAAAGAAUUUGGCACUUGUAGGAAGAAUGGGAGUGCUAGUGAUGAAGGACCAGUGUUUGAAGACAAGAAGGAACUUAGUAGGGGUAUUGAGAGAGAGGAUAGUCCCUCAGAUCAAGGGGUGCCUGCUAAUAACAAUGUUCCAAAGUUCAGUCCUCCAAGAAAUGCUGAUCAAGCUGAGGCCACCAUGAGGAAGGCUAGAGUUUCUGUGAGAGCUCGAUCAGAGGCACCCAUGAUCACUGAUGGGUGUCAAUGGCGAAAGUAUGGGCAGAAAAUGGCCAAAGGAAACCCAUGUCCUCGUGCAUACUAUAGAUGUACCAUGGCAGCAGGUUGCCCAGUGAGAAAACAGGUGCAAAGGUGUGCUGAAGACCGAGCAAUACUAAUCACAACAUAUGAAGGGAAUCACAACCACCCUUUGCCUCCAGCGGCUAUGGCAAUGGCACAAACCACUUCCUCAGCUGCAAGAAUGCUUCUCUCAGGGUCAAUGUCAAGUGCUGAUGGCCUAAUGAAUGCAAACUUCCUCACAAGAACACUCCUUCCUUGCUCAUCUAGCAUGGCCACUAUCUCAGCAUCAGCUCCAUUUCCCACUGUUACAUUGGACUUGACUCAGUCCCCAAACCCAUUACAGUUCCCAAAGCCCCCAAGCCAAUUCCAAAUCCCCUUCCCCGGUGUGCCUCAGAACUUUGCCAAUUCACCAGCCUCAUUGCUGCCUCAGAUAUUUGGUCAGGCACUGUAUAACCAAUCCAAGUUUUCUGGCCUCCAAAUGUCUCAAGAUAUUGCAGACACUUCCCAAUUGAGUAAUCAAUCUCAACGACCACCACCACACCUUGCAGACACAGUUAGUGCUGCCACUGCUGCCAUUGCAGCUGACCCCAACUUCACUGCAGCUUUGGCAGCAGCCAUCACUUCCAUUAUUGGGGGUGCACAGCCAAACAACAACACAAGUACUAAUAAUAAUAAUAAUGGCUCCACAUCGACCAACAACAGCAAUGGCAAUAUUAAACCGAGCAACAACAAAUAAAACCAACAAUUCCAAUUUCUCGGGGAAUUGAACUAGUUAUAGUUUAUAGUUCACAUAUUCCUUUUUUCCUUUCAUUUUUUAGAUUAAUUUAAUUUUUUUCCCCUGUCAACUGGGCUCAAAUUAAUUUAAGUUGAGCUGAAUACUGUUUUUUUGUCUUUUACAUUUGUU